AACAAUAUGGAUGCCGUGUUUACAUCGCUCUAAAGGUUUCACCGAAAGCAGCAAGUGAAACUAAUGGUGAGAGAAAAUAUUUGACAUAGAAACCAAUACUACUAAACUAACAAGCGGUAAGAUGAACGCCACUGAUUCUGUAGAGACAUGGAAAGAAGUUUCUCUCUCAAGUCUUCCAGCAGAAACACUUGAACAUAUUUUUAGCUUCCUGCACAGAGAUGAUCUUCUACAGGCCAUGUCUGUGUGCACAAGCUGGCAGUCUUUAAUCUCUAGCAGUCCAAAUCUGUGGCGUAGCCAAACAUUCAUUUUUGAUUGCGCUCUUCGCUCCAGUAAAAAGAAAAUUGUUGACAUGUUGUUUUGUGCACAAACGUUCGGGCCUCGUUUUGAAAAUCUGUCGGUAAAAUGCCGACAUCAUGACGUGCAUGAAUGUAAAAAAAUGGCUGAAAAGCUCAACCUUUUUCUUGCCGGUUUUAUAGCGCCCGCGUUGAGUUCAUUCAAAGUCUUCGACCUUCGAAUGUACAAUGCCAGUAGGAUUGUCGUCAAAAAAAUAUGCAACAAAUUGACGAAAAUGUUUGCCAGGGACUGUCAUCUAAAGGUCUUCGAGAUGCCCAUCGCCCACUGGUCAAACUUAGAGGGUCAGAAGGUCUUGGACGCUGUGUUUCGAAAGUCCAGAAACACUCUAGAAACACUGAGUAUUCCUGAAUAUUUUAUCUGUCAGACUGGCAUACCUGUAGAGAAGGAUUGGUUUGCAAAUGGGCUGACGUCACUGACAAAACUAACCAAACUUUCUAUCACUAUAUUCUAUCUUACCGAUGAACUUAUUGUCUCCCUUGCUCACUCCAGAAGAGGCGAACUGGCACAUCUGACUCUGUGGGCUAACUGGGUAUUUCCGAGAUCUCCACAUGUACAACAGGAUAGCUGGAAAAACCUGACAGAAGCAUGUCCCAAGAUGGAAGUGGAAUUAGAAUAAUCGGUUAUGUUACCGAUCCGCAUGCGUCUCUUCCCCCCUUGUUUGAUUCAGUACUUCCAGUCACCAAAAUGAAAAUACUAGUAAGCCAGAAAUAUUGUCCGCUUCCGUGGCCUUUACAAAAGAUGGAGAUUGUGUUGGAACACAUAAGACAGCACUACUGGUUUAGGCUCAAGAGUUUGAACCUGUCAGUUUUCAACACAAAGAAGAAGGACUUUGACCAGACAUUGAUCAAGUUAGUGAAAGAUUGUCCACGUCUGAUCAACGUUAAGAUUUUAGCAUCCUACCACUCUGGCGAUACAGCAAAAACAAUGGAAAGGAUAGUCACACAGAGACGCCGGACACAUCUCACUAGCAAGGGCGGACCUACUAAAAAACUCCGCAUUGAAAGUCAGCCUCUGGACAAAGCAUCUCAAACUGAAGACCCCAUGAAACGGCCGCCUGGCCACCAUGAAACGUCUCCACAAUAAAGUCGUGAUUUCAUGUCUGCAAAUCUAACAGAGCACGCUUAGAGUAAACGGGCAGUGGGGUCACUGGUUGGGGGGGGGGGAUAACGAUUAGUUCCGGGUUACACCUAAAUAGGAAAAAAAGUUUGCCCAUUUUUUAAAAUGUAAAAAAUAAAUGGUAGUUGCUAGAUAGGCACAUGCACGUUCAAUAUUUAUGCAUAAAUAAAUAUUUAUUAUUAUUUAUUUAUUUUUAGUACAAGGUCAAAAAUGAUCCGUGCCUAUAAGAGUUACAAUGUAUUUCCAAGGGUAAAACUCGGUUGCAUUUGCAUUGUAGCUUGGCUUACUCUAUAUUGAAGUAGACUAUAAAUGAAUUUUAAAAAGACGUUAUUACUAAUGUUAAUGAAAUAAAAUUAAGUGACACCUAAGAAAGACUUUUUGUUAUUUGCAAAAGAACUAAGCAACAUAAUCGAUUACAAAAAUUCUUUUGAUGGGGACAUUGAGAUGUCUCUUCACCAACACGACUCUGUAGUCUACUACAUCCAGCGGAAAGGGAACAUUACGUCUAUGGGGAACCACUCAGCUCGGAUGAUGUCUUGUGCAUGAACAGACCCGUUAUAAGACUUCUUGCUAAAUACGAAGAUGAACUGUCAAAGAUAAAGCCCAUAGCAAAAUGACAUAAUGUACUGCCUUGAUUAUCUCACGCCUUAUUAUCGAUUCAUUUUCAAUAUAAUCCUAUACGAGCUGUAAUCUUCUUAAGAAAAAAAAAGUGAUGGGAACUUGGAUUUUUUUAAAUGCAGUUUGAGAACCUCUGGUCUGGGGAAUUGGAAAAAAGGUUGUAAUCAGCGCCUCUAUGUGUCUUGUCAGGUGACUAAUUUAAAUUUAAAGGAGUUUUUUUUAAAUACAGGAAAAUUCUUGGCGAUUGAGGUACCUCCCCAGAUUAUGCUAGUGGGAGAUCACAGCACUCUCCCAUGCCACCAUGAUGACUUAAAGGAUGUCAGAUGUAACAUUUUCUGGUAUAGUUGUGCACCACCAAUACAAGUUUACAAAAUACUGGUAUAAUUAAACCCGCUUUCUAAAGAAAGUCAUAUCACACCACAAUAAACAAAAACAGGUGCUAUUAAUGUUAAAUCUGUUCUAAUAAUUUGGCAUUUUAGUAUCUGUAAAUACUUUACAUAAUAUAAUACAGAAUUUAUUGACUUAA